AUGGCCUUACAUGUGGAAAGAGAAGUACAUUCAAAGCUUUAUGUGUCCUGCCUUCUGCUCCUUUGCUGGGGGUGGGGGGGUCCCCUGAGUGGGUGGCUGUCAAUGUUGCCCUGGUACAGAUGGUCACUUACUGUGUGGUGUUGGGUACUCUGAGCGAGGAAUGACCAAAACUUGACUGCCUAUGAUGCACUGCAUCGGUCUCUCCUUUACAAAUGGACAGCCUCAACUCCAGAGGUGAACCGCCUUAGUCAUAAUUGCCUAGUAGGUGGUGGGGAGAAGUUCGUCUUGCUCUGCCGUUCAGCGGCACGUGGUGGGUGCACCCCAAGACUGGAGUAGGUCAUGGUGGGGCCACGCAUGGCUCUGAUCCUCAGGGGGACCUGGGCUAUCUACCAUGCUCCAUGUUCCAUCAGCUGAAGACCAGCGGGGUGGCUUAGAAACCGAGUACACGUGAAGGCCCACGUCAACCCGAUCACUCGCAACCCAACUAAAGGAAAAACCAGAUUCCACCCCUCCCCAUACAUCCUCGGGCUACACGGGGCCCGUAGUCAAAAUGGCGGCGUGGGCGUCAGCCACCUCCUGCCCUUUUCCAUCAUGGCGGCGGCCUGACCCGCCUCCCCAGGCGCUGGAGUCAUAUGACCCACACAAUGGCUGUGAGCCCACGGGAGGCUUCCCGGCAACGCCGAAUCCAAGACAUGACAGCCGCCGCGGGUUCGGCGGGCCGCGCCGCGGUGCCUCUGCUGCUGUGCGCGCUGCUGGCGCCCGGCGGCGCGUACGUGCUGGACGACUCCGACGGGCUGGUGCUAAUUUUGAUCGAGAACGUUAAGGCUCAACACUUAAAAGUUUCUGGUUUUAUUGGAUUCAAUGAGAGGGACCUUACAUCUUUCAAUUCAACUCAGAACAAACCUGAAGGCUUAUGUGCUGCAGUUCGGCCUGACUGGCAAAGCAAAUUCUGCCCAGCAACUUUGGAAAUGAACUGUACUUGUCUAAGAGGUAGCCAGGCAACCUCCCGACUUUUAGUAAGUUACCCAGAGCCCUUUCGUUCUGAAAUAUUGGAUUAUCUCUUUAAGCCAAAUUUUGGUGCCUCUUUGCAUAUUCUGAAAGUGGAAAUAGGCGGUGAUGGGCAAACAACAGAUGGAACUGAGCCCUCUCACAUGCACUAUACAUUAGAUGAGAAUUAUUUUCGAGGCUAUGAGUGGUGGUUAAUGAAGGAAGCUAAGAAGAGGAACCCUGAUAUUAUACUUAUGGGGUUGCCAUGGUCAUUCCCUGGAUGGCUGGGCAAAGGCUUAAACUGGCCUUACAAAAAUAUUCAGCUGACUGCCUACUAUAUCGUGAGCUGGAUUGUGGGUGCCAAGCAUUACCAUAAUUUAGACAUUGAUUAUAUUGGAAUUUGGAAUGAAAGGUCAUUUGAUGUCAAUUAUAUCAAGGUAUUAAGAAGGAUGCUGAACUACCAGGGUUUCCAGCAAGUGAAAAUCAUAGCAAGUGAUAAUCUUUGGGAGCCUAUUUCUUCUUCUAUGCUGUUUGACCCUGAACUCUUGAAGGUGAUUGAUGUAAUAGGGGCUCAUUAUCCUGGAACCCUUUCAGUACACAAUGCACAGCUGACUGGGAAGAAACUUUGGUCUUCUGAAGAUUUUAGUACAUUAAACAGUGAUGUGGGCGCAGGCUGUUGGGCUCGAAUAUUAAAUCAGAAUUAUAUUAAUGGCUAUAUGACUUCGACAAUCGCUUGGAAUUUGGUGGCUAGUUACUAUGAAGAAUUGCCUUAUGGACGAUGUGGACUGAUGACUGCGCAGGAGCCGUGGAGUGGGCACUAUGUAGUGGAAUCUCCCAUUUGGGUGUCAGCACAUACAUCUCAGUUUACUCAACCAGGUUGGUACUACUUGAAGACAGUUGGCCAUUUAAAACAAGGAGGAAGCUAUGUAGCUCUGACUGAUGGCUUAGGUAACCUCACCAUCAUCAUUGAAACUAUGAGUCACAAACAUUCUAUGUGUAUCCGGCCAUUUCUUCCCUAUUACAAUGUAUCACAACAAUUGGCUACCUUUUUUCUUCAGGGAACUCUUAGUGAUAUACCAGAGCUACAGGUGUGGUAUACUAAGCUUGGAAUACCAUCUGAGAGAUUCCUUUUUAAACGACUGGAUUCUAUAUGGCUCCUCGACAGUGGUGGCACUUUCACGUUGGAACUGCAAGAGGAUGAGAUAUUCACGCUCACCACUCUCACCACAGGUCGGAAAGGCCAGUUCCCAUUUCCUCCCAAAUCCCGGCCCUUCCCAUCUAUCUAUGAUGAUGAUUUCAAUGUUGAGUACCCAUUUUUUAGUGAAGCUCCAUUUUUUGCUGAUCAGACGGGUGUAUUUGAGUACUACAUGAACACUGAAGACCCAGGAGAGCAUCAGUUCACUCUACGACAAGUUCUCAAUCAACGCCCGAUUACUUGGGCUGCUGAUGCUUUCAGUCCAAUCAGCAUUAUAGGAGAUUACCAAUGGACCAAUCUCACUAUUGAGUGUGAUGUUUAUAUAGAGACUCCAGAGAAGGGAGGUGUAUUCAUUGCAGGAAGAGUAAACAAAGGUGGUAUUUUGAUCAGAAGUGCCACAGGAGUUUUCUUCUGGAUUUUUGCAAGUGGAUUUUACAGACUUACAGCUGAUCUAGCUGGGUGGAUGAUGUAUACUUCAGGACAUGCUGAAAUUAGAGCACAAGAAUGGUAUACACUCACCUUAAUAAUUAAGGCAAGUAUUCCUAACCAGAAUGCCUAG